UCCAAACAAGGCAUUAACUUUACAGUCACCUGAGUGGGGGAGAGCAGAUCCACUGGUACCGAUAAGAAGCCUAAUCCCAAAAAAAAAUCAAAAAAAUCAAAAAAAUUCUUACGAGAAGAAGAAAGCAAUGGCGGUCGCUGCUGCAUCACUCCGCUCCCUUCUCCACGCUCUCCCAAGCACCAACAUAAACAGCAACAACAGCCUCAUCAGAAUCAGCCCUCACUCUUCUCUUCUCCUCAAUCCCUUGGAACCCAAAACCCUCAAUUUGAAUGUAACCCUAAGACCCCCUUUUGCUCCUCUCAGCUCUCGAGUCUUCUCUUCUUCGUCUUUCUCUGCGUACGCUGAGACUGAUGAAGAGAACUUUGAUGACGAAGGUAGAGAGCAAGAGGAGGAGGAAGAGGGAGAAGGAGAAGAGGAGGGAGAAAUUGAAUCGGGGAAAUUGAGAGAGGUUUCUUCGUCGAACAAGGAAGAGGGGAGAUUGUAUGUUGGUAAUUUACCUUAUUCAAUGACUUCGUCUGAGCUUGCAGAGAUUUUUGGGCAAGCUGGCACGGUAGAAUCUGCUGAGAUAGUCUACGAUCGAGUCACGGACCGUAGCCGAGGCUUUGCAUUCGUCACCAUGGCAAGCAACGACGAUGCGAAGGCAGCCAUCAGAAUGUUCAAUGGAACACAAGUGGGAGGUCGAACAGUGAAGGUAAACUUCCCAGAAGUGCCACGUGGCGGUGAGCGAGAGGUGCUGGGUCCACGGGCCAGGUCUAACUCUCGUGGAUACAUGGACAGCCCAUACAAAAUUUACGCAGGCAAUCUUGGGUGGUCAGUGACCUCAGAUUCUCUAAAGGAAGCUUUCUCUGAUCAACCUGGAGUUCUUGGAGCCAAGGUUAUUUAUGAGCAGUUUUCUGGGAGGUCGAGAGGGUUUGGAUUUGUGACAUUUGUUUCUGAAGAGGAUGUGCAAAAUGCAAUGGAGGCGAUGAAUGGAAAGGAAGUUCAAGGGAGGCCUUUGCGCUUGAAUCUUGCUUCACAGAGAGCCUCGAAUACUGCUGCUACCGACCGUGUUAAGGAUAUUGUGAUAUAGGAUGGAUGGGAGAGAGAAUUAUUAGUUAGAUUCUAAUGACUAAAUAGAGAAUAUGGGUCUUGCCCCACAACUGCUAUCAAAUUAUCUGCUGAAAUUUGUGUGGUCAGAGGCAUGAAAGUAAGAAGAUUUUGGAGAGUUGAAUGAGCAAGUUGACUAUGGUUUUGGUGGUGGUCUGGAUUUGUAAUUUGCAUUCGAUAAACUCAAGUUGCUUAUAAUACAAUGCCAAGUUCCCUGGAACUGAGAUCAUAUUUUGUUCCUA